AUGGCCAACAGUGUAUGCUACAACCUGGAUUUAGGGCAGUAUGUAUUUCUGAAUGAGAGGUUUAGGCGAGGAUUGGAGACCGCACAGCCCCAGUCAUGGACCAUUGAGAGUGUUCCUCACGCAAAGCAGUUUGAUAGCAUUUCAUGUGGUGUAUAUGUUAUUCAGAGGCAAGGCUCGAUGGUUACAGGGGUCAGGCAGGUCCGCAUAGUCAUUCCCACCCAAGGCAUGGGCCUGUUAUUCCCCAAUGACGAUGUGGACUAUCCCACUGACAAAAUGGGCGACAUGACGAUGCCAUACCCUGGUAUGAUGGACCCUCUUGGAGAGCUGAAACUCUGCGUUGUGUGCGGUGAACGCGCCAGUGGCUUCUACUUUGGAGCUCUUGUCUGUCUUCCAUGCAAGAGUUUCUACAUUCGAUGUACAAAGGAUGGGGAGCCAACGUUCACGUGCCAAUGCAGCGGGAACUGUGAUAUCGUGAAACAAGGCCGUAUUCGUUGCCAAUACUGCCGCUACCAGAGGUGCCUCAUGGCCGGAAUGUGCCGCAAAGAAAAGCCUGAGACAGUCCAGCCAGCUGAAGGACAGGUUCUGUGUAAGGUCUGUGGAGACAUUGCAAACGGCAUCCACUUUGGUGUGAACACCUGCGAGGGAUGCAAGAAAUUUUUCCGACGAGGGUUGGUCGAAAACCAGAGUUACAUCUGCAAAGGUGACAAAGACUGCGGUAUCAACCCGAGAAAUCGUAAUAACUGUCGGUAUUGUCGCUACCAGAAAUGCAUCGGCGUCGGCAUGUCCCGUGAAGCUAUCAAGAUGGGACGCCCAAAGAAAGCCGAUGGUUGUGAGAUGACCACGUUGACUGGAUCCCCCAAAAUGGGAAACCAGUCCCCUGUAGAAGUAGACAACACAAAAACAACGACUCCCCAAAUUGGGGAUGAGCCAGCCAAAGACUCACUGAAAAUCUCUUCAGUUUGUAACGAAAUCAAAAAGGAGAACCCAGACACCUGUGAAUACGAAAAGAAGGUAAUGUGGUGUGAAGGUCAGAAUCAAGGGCAAGGUCAGAUGACUUCAUGGCAGCCUAGCAACCAAGGUCAGAGCUGCGGAGGUCAGACCCAUUCCUCAGACUUUAUUGAAGAGGAUAUGGACGACAUCUUGAUGAUGCUGCAGAAUGACAAUCAGUCUGGUGCAGGACCAGCGAAGAAAAUGCGUUGCUACGGUAAUGGUUACAACGACCUCCCUGUGACCUCCCAACACGUGUGCAAAGCUGAGAUGGGUCUGCAGCAAGACCAGUGGCAGUUUGGAAUGAAUAAGUCGAUGAGCGUGUCUCAGACUCAGCUCAAUCUGACGAACCGCCCACCACCACCCCAGUACCCAGGGUACAGCAGCAGUUUCCCCCCAAGCCAGAUCUCCAGCGCCAUGCGCGCCUCCCCCUGUCAGUCCCCGCCCAGGCAGAUGCCCUCUCCAGGGGGGUGUAUGUCUGACAGCACCACGGCGGGAUCCCCUGGCUAUGUUCCCAAUGGCAGCCCAAUGCAUUCCCCGGCCUGUCAGUUCUCCCCUAACCAUAGUCCCAUGUACAACUCCCCGUCCCCUCACAGCCCAUAUGACACCAGCUCCUCUCAGGGGUCACCCUACAGUGAGACCAUGUACAGUCAGCACCCAUUCAGCCCCGACAACAACUACCAUGUCACUGAUCUUUCCGUCAAUGUCAACUGUGGUCCGCAGCCAAACAUGGCUUCCAUAGGGUCGCCUACGCGCCAGUUCUCACCAGCUUAUAACAACGGUCACAUAACCGGCCAGUCCAUGCCCAGCCAACCAAUGACCAUUCCACAUCAGGAAGGGGGAAUAAUUAAUUCCCAGGAUAGCUGGUACAUGACUGGUACCCCAUCCAACAUUUGUCACAGUCCAUCACACACCAACAACAACAACAGCUUUCCAAAUCAGGAGAGCAGUUUCAGACGUUUGGAGAACAUUUCGCGGAUCAAUCACCAUUUUCUCUCCGGUUCAUCUUGCGACCUUCAUUUGAACCAGGACAAGGAUUGCGACGGAAUGAUGUCACGCAGUGAUGUCGAGACUGAGAUCGUAAACAAGACGCUAUCGUCAAUGAGUCAAGGUGACUCUUACUACUAUGUGUUGUCCGACAGCCAUUCAUGCUCCAAUGACUCAGGUUGCGGGAGCGGUAACUUCGAUGAGUUCACAUCUUGCAGAAGAAUGUACAAACGUAAAAUUCUCGACAAUUCUGAAUUUUGUGACUCACCGCAGUCCGGUAAUGGGAGCGUCGGGAGGUUCAAGCGUCACCAGUCGGAGAAGUACUGGCGAGCGUCCGUGGAAGUGGAGGACGCUUUCCCGAUGACCAGCGACAAACAAAUGCUACUGGAGCACUUGAACAAAGUAUUUCAGCAGAUGACAGACCGAUGUGCAGAGAACAGAAAUGUCCAACAACAGGACACAGGAAGUUGCCAGCAAGCAAGAUUAAGGAUAAUCCGAAACACUACUGCAGGCGUGAAAUUUGCUGCCCAGAUACCAGGUUUCAGUGUCCUACACCCUGAGGACAAGGCGUUCCUCUGCAGGAACGUGACAUUCAUGUCCACUCUGCUGAUGGCGGGCCACAAGCUGUACGGCCCUGAGGAGACCAACUUUCAGCACUUCUGGAGCUGGAAUGUCUCAGCCAGGAAUCCCUUCUACCCGUUCAGGCAGCAACUCAUGGAGGUGGGAAAGAAAGUGCACGCGGCCAAUAUGGACGUGUAUGAAGUUGCCGUGCUGGCAGCCUUGUUGUUUAUGGCCUCAGACUUCUCUGACCUGGCAUACCCAGAGGCCAUUGAGGAAGGUCGCAGAAAGCUUAUCGCAGCUCUGAAGUCUUACGAGCUUACCAAGGUCUUGAAUGUAAAAUCGCGGCUGUCAGAGUUAUUCGCCCUUGUCCCGGAGAUCCGCCAUCUUGGAAUGUGGCACCAAGAACUCAUGAAGCAGACGAGAAUCAACGUCCAGAUACAGGAAGUCAAUCAGAUCUUUGACACUGUACACUUCCGGGAAAGCUAGAAAAUGUUGUCUAUCUGAUUGGGCAAAAUUUGAUUUUCAUUGGUGGAGAUUUAAAAAAAAAGAAAUCAUCUGAUUGGACAAUUUUAUAUCAAUACCAGUAUUGCUCAAUUUGGGGCAAGAUAAAAAUGUUAUCUUUCUGAUUAAAAAAAUACUUGUGAUUUUUAUUGGUUCAGAGUGAUAUAUACGAGAAAUAAUGUAGUAUGACAGUAUAAUAUCUAUGCCAACACCAUUUGUUUCAAGGAAAGUUAAAAUGUUACACCUCUGAUUGGACAUUAUUUAAUUUAUUUUCAUUAGAAGAUCGAGAGUAACACACAGAAAACAGCAGGUUGUAGAAAGUUCUAUCAUAGCUGUCCAAUUCUGGUAAAGUGAAGAAAAUUGAUCACUUUUGAUCAAAGGUGUGUUUUCAAACUAAUUUUUGAAUCUAGUGUUUGGUUGAUAAAAUUUAGAUUGAAAAGGGCGUAAAUGAAGUAUUGAGGGGAUUUACUUUUAACUUUAAAAUAUUUUUUAAUAAGGGACAUUUUAAAUGAUAACAUCAGACCAAUAAGUAAAUAUAUUAAAUAAGAAUAGUUAAAAAAAUAAGUUUUCAAUAAAUUAUCUUGAAAUAUGUAAAUCCAAAAAACAUUUUACAUAUUUCCAAAUUUUUAUAUGAAGGGACAGAAUUGUAAAUCAAUAGUUGAAUAUUGAAGUAGGAAGGGGAUAAAUUAAAUUAAACCACAAGACACAAUCUUUAGCACAACAUAUUUUCAGGCCUCUAUUUUUUUUAGCGAAAUGUCAUGUUUACAGUUUUCAAAAUAUGUGUUAAGAUAUGUUUAAGGAAAUAUCUAUAAAUUGUGGAUAAAUGUUUCAGAUGUAAAAGUGUCUGUGUGAUUUAUUUAUCAUAUUAUUUCAUUUUUAUUGCGUUCAUACCCAGAGAUUAGCUUAGCAUGCUCUUUAACCCUCUUCACCCUCAGAAGCAAAGUGAAAAAGGCUAUGUGCAAACAGCAUAAAACCAGAAACUCGCAGUCUGUUCAGAUUUAAUGCUGUUUGCUGCUAAUCAGUAUCUAAUGGUUGGAAAAGGGGCCUUUAAAACUUUAAUCUAGUAAGAAAGGUAUUUAAUUAAAUUUGACUUUCUAAGGAACUACAUAUUCAUCAAAAUACAUAAUAAUAAAUUAUCAAAGUGGGAGAGGGUUAAAAAUAGUUAACAUUUCAUUGUGACAUAUGAUUACUGUUAACAUCUCUCUGCAUUUUAUUCAGUUGCAUAUUUCUUAAGUCAUUCAAAAUACAUUCCAAAAUAAAUGUAACAUUCCAUUUGAUCAGACUGUGAUAAUGCAUGGUGAUGUUUUUUUAAUACAUUAAUUUUGUGUAGCGCAUAUUUUUUCAUAUUUACAUUUAGACUGGUUUUGUCUUGGCAAGAACAACAAAUUAUUUUAUUCUAUCUACUUUAUUUUCCAUUUUCAAUUAUUAUAUAUAAAUAUUAUAACAUUUAUAAAAUAUAACUUUUAAUGGAUUUUGUAAGUUAAAUAAUGAAACAUAAAUUCUCUAUAUUUUAGUGAGUUGGUUAUGUGUAUGAUUUUGUUUGGUUUUUAAUAAGAAUUUGUUAUGUGAUUGAAGAAAACUGGAUAUGAAGAAUCAUUGAGGCUUUUGUAUUGAAUAUGUUAUUGUUAUGUUGUCUGUUAGUAUAUUUGUUAUGGUGGCAAAGUGCUGCUGAUUUUAAAUUGCAAUGUUACAUGUGGUUUGCCGUCCAACAUGGAUUUUUGUUAACAAAUAGAGAACUAUUCCUUAAGUAGCAAACCAAUUCAAAUUUAAUAACAAAUUAAAAAUACUUUUUACAAUUUUUGCAUAUCAUGUCAAUAUUUUAUUGGUUAUUUGAUUGAGGUCAUUUGUUCCAUGUCCAGUGUUCAUUGUAACAUUGCAAGUUUAUGUACAUAUUAUAUACCGGUAUAUUGAAACGUCCUUGUUAGUUAGUUUAACUCGUUAGUUAUGAGCUUAUUUGCUAGAAAUAUUGUGAUACGUGAAGCUUUCAAUGUGAUAAUGUGUGAUAAUUUUACAAUAUGUGAUAGAGUGCUUCUUUCUUAAUUGAUAAAGUGUUGAAUAUGUUAUUGUGGUUUUAUAUAAAAAUGGACUGACUGGAUUUAUUGACUUAUUAUUUUGUAUUUGUUAUUGAGUAUAUUUGUUAUUUUUUUACAAAUUGGGUAGCUGCUACAGAUUGACUUUAACAAAUUGUACUGAUAGUGGGGUCACAUUUUGAAUACCUUAUGAAUUUUUGGUAUAUGAAGUGAAAAAAUAUUAUACUUACUAUUUUCUUUAAUACAACUAACAUUAUUUAAUUACUAUAACAUCAUCAAACACUGUAUUGUAAACAGGUCGCUGAUAUCUUACUCAGAUAUGUUUAAUUGAAGUCUGUUUUUGAAAUGUGCUUGGAUGCUUUUUGUGCUUUUCUAAAAAAAAUUCUCCCAGCACACAUAUGUAUGUGAAAUAGUGCUAAACUGAACACCCAGAUAUGUAGAAAUCAUUAUUAUUUGUUGUAUAUGUUUUGUUUCAUGCAGCAUUGUUGAUGUCGAUAGAAACUGUUAUGUUUUUAAACAUUUGUUAUUUGUAUGCAUAUAAUAUGGUGUCAUUCAAAUGUUAACCCAACUUUUGAUGGAAGGGAUUUAGUCAUCAAAAUGGAAUCGCACAUAAUUGGCCCUAAUGUGAAAACAACAUUUAAUAAAUGUACCCAGAAAUCAAAAGUAUUUAUAAAACAUUAAAUCGAGAAAUGUAUUAUUUACAUAAUAGACUCGUAUCUUAUAAAAAAAGAACUAUCUAAAGUUUUUAACUUCACAACAUGUAUUCAUAUUCAUAUUUAAAGUACUUUUGUUGAUGUACAAACAAAUUAUUAUUAUAAUGUUUAAAGUACUUUUGUUGAUGUACAAACAAAUUAUUAUUAUAAGGUUUUUCAUUAAUAUUCAUUUUAAACAUAAACCAACUGAAUUUGUUACACAGACAAUUCUAUAUAUUUGUGAUAUGAUUUGUUUAUUCAACAUUUUGUCAUCUAACAAUCAUAUUUAUACAUGUUAACACUUUGAGCAGUUUGUCUGUCACAUUAUGUACAUAUGACUUUCAUUACAUAUAUUGGUCUACAAAAUAAAUCAUAAACAUUUGUGUUACAUACAAUCGUUUAAUUUUGAGAUUUUUUAAAUGUAUUUAUGUUAUGUUAUAAA